AUGGUCGAUCUCAAACAGAUACAACGUCAGCUCGUCACCGCCAACCAUAUACUACACUACAAUGGCGUGGUCGACGCAUAUGGACACAUUUCAGUGCGCCACCCUCUCGACAACUCCACCUACUUGAUGUCUGCAAACAUGGCUCCGGCACUGGUCAGCAACGCCGCUGAUCUAGUUCAAUAUCGCAUUGAGGACAGCCAGCCUGUCGACCCAAAUGCACCAAAGGGCUUCAUUGAGCGCUAUAUUCAUGGUGAGAUGUACAAAGCAUACCCAGAGGUAUACUCUGUGAUUCACUCUCACAGCCCCGAGGUUCUUCCAUACGCGGUCGCUGGGGUCCCUUUGCGGGCAGUCUAUCAUAUGGCGGGCUUUCUUGGAUCUGAGCCAGUGCCUCUAUAUGACUUGGAGGACUCGUACAACCAAACCGAAUCGCGCGACCUCCUGAUCCGGUCGCCGAAGCUGGGGGCAGACCUCGCAAAGACCUUUGUUACGUCGGAGAAUAGAACUGCAGAUCCACCUGCGACAAGUCCUGACUACAACGCUGUGCUGAUGCGCAAGCAUGGCUUCACCACUUUCGGUGCGAACAUCCAGGAGGCAGUGGUGAGAGCAGUGUAUACGCAGGCCAAUGCCAAAGUUCAGACUACGGCCGCCAUGAUCAGAGGUGCAUUUGAGGCUUUGACGGAACCCGAAGCACAGGCUUGGUCUGGCGGGGUGAAUACGACCGCCUUUGAGCCUUUGACUGCUCAAGAGGCGAUUGAUACUGAACCUGCAAUUGGCGCGACUUCCGACAGGCCGUGGGGGUUAUGGCUAAGGGAGGUCGAGGUGCAGCCUUUGUAUAGGAACAACAUCUAG